UGGUGAAAAAAAUGAGGGAAGUUCGUUUCUGCUAGGUCGUUCCUCCUGAAGUGACGAUAUGUUUUUGUCGUAAUGUGUGGUCACCACUGAACAAGAAGCACUUCUGUAGUAACAAUCACAACGGUUAUUUUUAAUUAUGGAUGAAACAGAGUUACGGCCCAACCUUGGUAGAUUUGUGGACAUAAUCAAUAGACCAGUAUGUGAAUCCGUAACGGUUGAGGAUUUAAAACCCAAUGGUGUUUAUCAACCACCACACUUGACCCCAGUCUUUUUCGAGGAAAGCAAGAAAAAACCGUCAAUAGAACGAGCCAAGUUGAGAGCAGCUCGGUUUAUUUUAGAAGACACUGAUUUAAAUGAAUCAGAAGAUUUGCCUAAAGAAGUUUAUUUUGGAUGUGGUUCCGAAGAAAGUUUUGCACGAAGAAAAAUGAAAGAAAAACAGAAUUAUGAGGAAGAAAACUUCACUCGUUUGAAAAUAACAAAACAAGAAAAGCGAAUUGAACGCUCUUUACUCCCAAGUGGUUUAUCCGAUACUUCCUCAAGACUGAAACAAAUGCAAAUACUUUUACAAAGUGAAGAUCACUGGAUUUUCGAAUAAUUUCAAUACAAUGAAGUGAUAGAUGAGAACUAUGUACAGAUGGUGCUGUUAAUGUUGGUGAUAAUGAAAGUAGAAUCGAUUGAGGCAAUACGGAAGAAGAACAAAGUGAAUUUGGUCGAUAUGAAAUGAUUUUUGAUAAAUCAGUAUUAUUAUCAUUAAUGUUCAAAUUAUCUUCAUCAUUUGUACUAAUUAAAUUAAACGCCGUUUGUUCGGAUUGGCUGUGAUGAUUCACUGGUGACAGUGACCUUGUCGAUGAUAAAGAU